AUGGUUUACCCAGACACUUUCCAAGGCUUCCAGAUUGAGGAUCCAAAGCACUGGACCGAUUUCAAGCUCAAUGAGCUGACUCCAAAGCCCUUUGGCGAUUUCGAUGUCGAUAUCAAGAUCCAGGCUUGCGGUGUCUGCGCCAGUGAUUUGCACACUAUAAGCGGUGGAUGGGGCGAGCAGCAUUUCCCAUUGUGUGUUGGUCAUGAAAUUGUUGGCACAGCUCUUCGCGUUGGUCCUAAAGUUACUCUCAUCAAGCCAGGCCAAAGAGUUGGUGUAGGCGCGCAAUCUUACUCCUGCCUCAACUGCCGCCAGUGCAAGAACGAUAACGAGACCUACUGCCGCCACCAAUUGGAUACCUACGGUGCGAAGUGGCCAGAUACCGGAAUCGUUUCCCAAGGAGGCUAUUCUUCUCAUGUACGCACACACGAGCACUGGGUCUUCCCGAUCCCCAAUGGCCUUGAGACCACCAAAGCAGCUCCUAUGCUCUGCGCCGGCCUUACAGCUUACAGCCCUCUUGUCCGCAAUGGUGCUGGCCCCGGCAAGAAAGUCGGCAUUGUCGGUAUGGGAGGAAUCGGGCAUUUUGGACUCAUGUUCUCGAAAGCUCUUGGUGCAGAGACAUACGCCAUCUCCCGGUCACACUCCAAGGAAGCCGACGCGAUGAAGAUGGGCGCUGAUGGAUUCUUGGCUACUGCCGACAAGGACUGGAACAAGGAGCACAUCAUGACCUUUGACCUCAUCGUCUGCACAGCAAGCUCAACGGAGGGUAUGGACUUGAGUCAGUACCUUGCUCUGUUGGACGUGCACGGAAAGUUCGUUUCUGUUGGUCUGCCAGAGGGCAGUGGACAGGAGGUCAAGGCGCAAGACUUCUUGAGCAACGGAUGCUUGAUUGGUGCUAGUCAUUUGGGAAGCCGGAAGGAAGUCCUUGCUAUGUUGCAAUUAGCUGUCGAUAAGAAGGUUGAGAGUUGGGUUGAGGAGAUCAAGAUUAGCAAGGAGGGUCUGGCGAGUGCGUUAACAAGGGUGCACAAUAAUGAUGUCAGAUAUCGGUUUACUUUGACUGGUUAUGAAGAUGUAUUUGGUGCUUAA